GACAUGGGCAGAAUCAUCUUCUACGAGGACAGGAACUUCCAGGGUCGUUCAUAUGAGACCAGCAGUGACUGUGCUGAGUUAACCUCCUUCCUGAGCCGCUGCAACUCAUGCAGGGUGGAGAGUGGUUGUUUUAUGGUCUACGAGCGGCCCAAUUUUGCAGGCCACCAGGUGCUGGUCCGCAGGGGAGAGUACCCUGACAACCAGCGCCUGAUGGGAAUCGGCAUGAGCGACUGCAUCCGUUCCUGCCGCAUGAUCCCCAUGCACCGUGGUCCGUUCAGGAUGAAGAUCUUUGAAAGAGAAAACUUUCAAGGUCAAAUGAACGAGCUGCUGGAUGACUGCGAAAACAUUUUGGACGCCCUACGCAUGUCCGAGUGCCUGUCCGUCCAGGUGUUGGAAGGUCACUGGCUGCUGUACGAGCAGCCCCACUACAGGGGCAGAAUGAUCUACCUGAGGCCCGGAGAGUACAGGAGCAUAAGAGACAUGGGGACAGGUCCGAUUGACAUGAGAAUCGAGUCUGUCAGACGCAUCACAGAAACUUCCGUUUUCUACAAUUCUGUCUCCGUUGAGAAGAACCUCCAGGGUCGCUCCUAUGAGUGCAUGAGCGACUGCGCCGAUAUGUCCUCCUACCUGAGCAGGUGCCAGUCCUGCCGGGUGGAGAGCGGCUGCUUCAUGAUCUACGAGCGUACCAACUUCAUGGGCAACCAGCACCUCCUGAGGAGGGGCGAGUACUCUGACUUCUUGAGUAUGAUCGGCCUGAGCAGCGGUAUUAAGUCCUGUCGCCUCAUCCCCAUGCAUAGAGGUCAGUUCAGGAUGAAGAUCUUUGAGAGGGAGAAUCUGAGCGGUCAGAUGAACGAACUGACAGAUGACUGCGAGAACAUUUUAGAGCGCUUGGGCAUGAAUGAAUGCUUGUCCUGCCAAGUGUUGGAAGGCCAUUGGCUCCUGUUCGAGCAGCCCAACCUCCGCGGCAGGAUGCUCUAUGUGAGGCCCGGUGAGCACCGGAGCUUCAGGGAGAUGGGCAUGAGCAACACUCGCUUCAUGAGCAUGAGACGCAUCACAGAUUCAUGCUGA